GUCGUGGCGAUCUGUUAAAUGGGAAUUGUGAUAGCAUGGAGCGUCACAAGGAAGCAUUCAUUGCCGCUAUCGUCAAGGAGUCAUCCACAAGGACAGACGAGGACUUGAAAAUUAUAUAUUCAAAUUUACGACGCUUAGACGUUUUUCAUAACUUAAACGAUGCGCCACUUCGAGCAAUUUGUUGUACUGCGCGUUUUGAAAGACAUCCGGCUAAUUUUAUUCUUUACCGACAAGGCCAAGUUGCCACAUGUUGGUAUAUAUUACUUUCCGGAUGUGUUUUCAUGGAUGAACAGAUCUACUUACCCUGUGGCUGGUUUGGCAAGCGAAAUGGGUUGGAUUAUCGACGCAGAAAUGAUUGCAUUGUUUUGCAACCAGCAGAAAUGAUUGUAAUUGAUUAUCCUGAUGUGAAACACAUAAAGGUGAACAAGGGACAUACGUAUUCGACGGGGAACAGUGGCCAUUUACGCAAUUCAUUAUGUGCAUUGAGCGCUACAUCCGUUCCAUCAUCAUCUGGCACUGUCACUGUUUCAGUUCGUUCAGGUGCCGAUCCUGUUACUUCUAAUUCAUCGCUUUCGCCACCUUCUCGUCUUUACAAGACUGGAAAGGCAUCAUCCCUCAGUACUGCUGAGUCACCAGUUUCAAGGUGUGAAAGGAAGAAACAUAGGUCUUUUCGUCGGGAGAGAGACGAUAUAUGUUCCAGUAAUGCUGCUGCUUCUGGUUAUGUCUCAGCAUACAAAAGCCAGGUAUAUCUGAAUGGUCUGAGUGCAGAUGGGGAUACUCGCUUCAAGGUGAAGCACAAAACACGCAAAUCUAAUUCUGUUUCGAAUCCAAAUAGUGGCGAGCUUUACACACAUUUGUCAAGUACAGCUUCAUCAAGUGCGAAUGAAGAUGAUUUACAUGGGCUUCCAGAAGCAGCAGUCGACAGCGAAGAAGACGAUGAAUCAUGUCCAUCAUAUGAUAGUUUUCAUGAAUUGAAAGAUAGCGUUCGUGAAUGCCUUGAGAAAGAACCUUUUGAAAGAACAGCUGACGAUAUAUGCAUACUACUGGAUUUUAUGCAGCAUAUGUCUGCUUUGGCAACACUUCCAUUGAGUAUAAAGCGUCAACUUUGCUUAAAAAUGGUAUUCGCUGUUGUAUCGGAAGCAAAUACAGUUGUUAUGCAACAUAAUGAAAGGAUUGAUGCAUGGUCAGUCAUCGUAAACGGCCAGGUAGAAGUUGUUUUACCGGAUGGCGAAAGGAUCGAGUAUAAACUUGGUGACUCAUUUGGUGUGCAACCUGAUAUAGUCCCUCAGUACCAUGUAGGAGUAAUGCGAACAGUAGUUGAUGACUGUGAAUUUGUGCUGGUUGAACAUCGAGAUUACUGUAACAUUAUGAGUACUAUAAGUGAACAUAUUGAACAACAUUCUGAUGGAAUCACUGGUGAAAUUGUCUCAGAAAUAGAACGAAGAUCAGUGGGUAAUCAAAUGGGUCAGGUAUUGAUCAAAGCCAACCGAGAUAAGUUGAUCGAACAUUUAAUUGAGGAAAGAGACACGGCAGUGGAUGCCCAUUAUAUUGAGGAUUUUCUGCUUAUGUAUCGCGUAUUUAUUAGUGAUCCAACUAUGAUUUUUGAAAAGCUAAUGCACUGGUUCGCAGAGUCGAACUUAAGAGACAAGAUUGCACGAAUUGUGUUACUUUGGGUCAACAAUCAUUUCAAUGACUUUGAAUGCAAUGGUGAAAUGAUGCAGUUGCUUGAUCGCUUUGAGCAAGCUCUCGAACGAGAUCAAAUGCACAGUCAGCAGUCAUUAUUGAACAUUGCGUGCAGCGUAAAAUCUCGAACAAGAAAUAUCGUAUAUUCUCGUUCAAGUAGAGAUCAACCUCUUUCACUCUCAAUUCUUGGUGGCAAAGAAAACGGUUCAUCUGGAAUAUUCGUCUCUGAUGUUCAGCGUGGUAGUCGUGCUGAAAAAAUCGGUCUCAAGCGAGGCGAUCAGAUAAUCGAAGUGAAUGGUCAAAGCUUCAAGAAAAUUAGUCUGAUCCGAGCUUUAGAAGUUUUGCACAGCAACACCCACUUGUCUAUAACAGUCAAGUCAAAUCUUCUGGGUUUCAAGGAGAUGAUUGCUCGUUCAGAACGUGCAGUUGAUGUUGAGGAUCACUGUAAUGCAUACCGGAAAGGGCCGGAUAUUCGCUAUACAAAACAUAGAGCAGUUCCGAAGCAAAAUGAAAGUGGCCAGAGAGGAUCCAUGUCAUGUAUGAUAGGAAUGAAUCCGCGAUCAGGUGCUUCCAGUUUUUCAUCCUUACCGCCAAGUGGUAUGACGAGUAGUGUUGGGAACAAAACUUCAAUGGUGGAUAAACUGCUGACAAUGCUAAAGGGCUUACCGAAUACAUUACCAGAUGGACCUGUUACAGAAACAAAAACGCUAAAUUCGACACGAUCGAGUUCCCUUCGUGCAAGUCGCUCAAAUCCCGACAUUGCUGGUCAUUCUGUAGGCCCAUCUCGAAUCUCAACAAUGAAUAUUGCGCAAUAUUAUCAACCCGCUAGUAGUCCGUGUCCGGAACAUGUUUUAAAAGUAUAUCGAGCGGACCAAUCAUUUAAAUAUCUCACCGUUUACAAAGAAACGACUGCUCAAAAUGUAGUUCAGUUAGCAUUGCAGGAAUUCGGUAUGAGUUCUGACAGUGGAAGUUUGGAAUGGGCACUAUGUGAGACAACUGUGACAGUGGACGGGGUAAUUAAGCAGAAGCGACUUCCAGAUCAAAUGAACAACCUUGCUGAGCGAAUUCAGCUUAAUAGUCGUUAUUACUUAAAAAACAACAGUCGAUCAGAACCGUUGGUACCUGACGAAUUGGCUCCCGAAGUUCUAAAAGAAGCAGAGACUCAUCUACUUCAACUGAAUGCGCAAAUACUUGCUGCGCAGCUUACUUUACAGGAUUUCGAUGUAUUUUCGGCGAUUGAACCUACAGAAUAUGUAGAUAACUUAUUCAAUUUGGAAUCGAAGUAUGGUUGGCCAAAGUUGGCUGAUUUUGAAUCUUUAUUUAAUAAGGAGAUGUGGUGGGUUGCAACAGAAAUAUGUCGCGAGAAAGGUUUGCAAAAAAGAAUGAAGCUGAUAAAGAAGUUUAUUAAAAUAGCUCGAUAUUGUCGGGACUUCAGAAACUUUAACUCGAUGUUUGCGAUUAUGAGCGGCUUGGAAAAGCCUGCCGUUCGAAGACUGCAUCAUACGUGGGAACGUGUUCCAAGUAAAUAUAUGAAAAUGUUCGAGGAUGUGCAACAUUUGGUAGAUCCAUCGAGAAAUAUGUCGAAAUAUCGUCAGCAUCUUGCCAUUGUUUCACAGGAACCACCUGUUGUUCCCAUAUAUCCGGUGCUCAAGAAAGACCUGACAUUUUCACAUGAGGGUAAUCCGACAUAUUGUGAAAAGUUAAUCAAUUUCGAAAAAUUACGGAUGAUUGCGAAGGCUAUUCGUUCGGUUACUAAACUGUGCAGUUCUCCUUAUGAAAUUGGCGUUAUGGCUCAGCAAAGUGGUGGGAAUGAUGUUAGUGAUGCGCUAGUUAAUAUGAAUAGUUUUGAUGGUGGUGCUGGAACAGUCGCUACAAUGAGGAAAAUGGGACCAAAUGCAAUGAAAACUGCAACCCAGCCACGUCGCAAAUUAUACGAACAAGCUCUAAUGGUUCGGAAAGUCAAAUCCUAUCUGUCAAAUUUGAAUGUCGUUGAAUGCGAGGCGGAUUUGGACCAACUUUCAUACGAUUGCGAACCGUCAUAUGGUAGCGCAAGCGUAACGCGGCGUAGAGCUCCAUCACCUUCACCUUCGAGCUUAUCGAGCCAGUCGAGUACUUCUGACCAACACAAGAUAUCGGCUCCAAAAUUUGGUGUAGAGUCACCACAUGCAGUACAAAAAAUGCUUUCAUUGGCUCAGAACUCACGUUUGAAACAAGGUAGCAGUGGAAAUUUGGUACUUGUAAGCCCCCUUCAGUCUCCUUUGUUGUCUUCAAAAGGUGUUCGCCUACGGAAUACUCCAUUGCCAGUUCGUCGUGUUCCUUCAGCAUCUCAUCAUUCAAAUGUAACCACAACCUCCGAUGUACAGCCAGUAGAUCUAAAUGCCGAAAGUAGUUCUGUAACAAGUUUAUAUGCGCCCCGCAUGAACAGUAAUGGAGGAUUAUAACAUGGUCUGCAGAGCUGUCAAUGUACAAUAUUUACCUCCAUCUAGUUCGACAUACUUUCUCUUCUUGUCAUUGUCAAUGGUGUACUUAUUUUUUUAACAUGGUCAUAAUCUUGGAUCGAUGCAAUUCGGCUAAAAGCGGGUUCCAGUGAUGCCUUGGUUUGGCUCGUGUUUAUUUAGUCACGGGUUGUUUAAAUUUGCGCACUGCCUCAUUUUAUGCGCCAUUUAUUGUAUAUAUUGCCGGAAUUAAGCAUACGCAUUUACGGCUACUGUUAGGGAAUGCGCUUUGUUGCAUUUAUUUCGUUUGUUAUGCUUUUUUUGUUUCCUAAACAUGUACAUGAUCUGCCCUUUCUCCGAGGCGUAAAAGAACGAGAAAUUGCAUCACAACAUAUCCACUUUCAAGUACUGUCAGUUAAAUUCAGCUUUGCGCGACGACAUUUUGCAAAUGGUGGUCCGCAGCGUGUAUGACCA